CUGAUUCUUUGUCUCCCUGGGAAGAGUAGCUUUGAGGCAGACAGGAUGGCCUGGUGGAAAGCCUGGGUUGAACAGGAGGGCAUCACUGUGAAGGGUAGUUCUCAUUUCAAUCCAGACCCAGAUGCAGAGACCCUCUACAAAGCUAUGAAGGGAAUUGGAACCAAUGAACAGGCCAUCAUAGAUGUGCUCACCAAGAGGAGCAACGCACAGAGGCAGCAGAUUGCCAAAUCCUUCAAGGCUCAAUUUGGAAAGGACCUCACUGAGACCUUAAAGUCAGAGCUGAGUGGCAAGUUUGAGAGACUCAUCGUGGCCCUCAUGUACCCACCAUACAGAUAUGAGGCCAAGGAGCUGCAUGAUGCCAUGAAGGGCUUAGGAACCAAGGAAGGGGUCAUCAUUGAGAUCCUGGCUUCUCGGACCAAGAACCAGCUAAGAGAGAUAAUGAAGGCAUAUGAGGAAGACUAUGGGUCUACCCUGGAAGAGGACAUCCAAGCAGACACAAGUGGCUAUCUGGAGCGGAUUCUGGUGUGCCUCCUGCAGGGCAGCAGAGAUGACAUAAGCGGCUUUGUGGACCCAGGACUGGCCCUCCAAGAUGCACAGGAUCUGUAUGCAGCAGGGGAGAAGAUUCGUGGGACUGAUGAGAUGAAAUUCAUCACCAUCCUGUGCACACGCAGUGCUACUCACCUGAUGAGAGUGUUCGAAGAAUAUGAAAAAAUUGCCAACAAAAGCAUUGAGGAUAGCAUCAAGAGUGAGACCCAUGGUUCACUGGAGGAGGCUAUGCUCACCGUGGUGAAAUGCACCCGGAAUGUCCACAGCUACUUUGCAGAGAGACUCUACUACGCCAUGAAGGGAGCAGGGACACGUGAUGGGACGCUGAUAAGGAACAUUGUUUCAAGGAGUGAGAUUGAUUUAAAUCUUAUCAAGUGCCAGUUUCAGAAGAUGUAUGGCAAGACCCUCAGUAGCAUGAUCAUGGGUGACACCAGUGGUGACUACAAGAAUGCCCUGCUGAACCUUGUGGGCGCUGACCCCUGAAGAUGU